AAUUUUCUGAUACAUGGCACCCGGUUAUUUUAACACUUUAUAAGUGUCAGACAGCCCUGAUAUCAAUGUGGAUAUAUUAACAAGAGUCUUUAUUUUGAAGCAACAUGCCGGAAGGGACUCUCGAAUUCAUGAACAUAAGCUCAUUCCUCCAUGUUUGGCCUCCAAGCCGUCGCUCUGGAUGUUUAGAACUGCAUUGAAAGCAUUUAAGAACAAAUGGAAGUGUUACAGGCACCGAUUUGUGCCUUGGGUUGUACUGAACCUGUCUAGAAAUGAAAAAACCCUGCGGCAGGUGACGGAGCGCUCGAAAGACAAACUGGUCCCAGAUGAGGAGGUGUUACAAUGCCUGCUGAAGCUCUUCAGAGCCCUGCUCAGGAGUCCCGGAGCUAAUCAUGGGGAGCUCCGAGCAAUUCAAACUCACUUUCUCCAGCAGGUAGCAAGUGAAGAACAGCAGUGUGGAGGAUAUCCAGUGUGUAGACAUGAUGCUAUGUUACAUUCUCUGGGAUUCAGCAUUGACCGGAAGUCUAGCAUUUUGCCCUCUGCAGGAACUGGUGUGUUUGUCACCAAAGGAUUUGUACCCAAAGGAGCUACAGUUGCGAUGUACCCUGGCACAGUCUAUCAACCCUAUGAGCCCAUUCUCCUCCAAUCCAUCAGAAAUCCUUUUGUAUUUAGGUGUAUUGAUGGUGUUUUGAUUGAUGGAAAUGAUAAAGGCAUCUCCAAAAUGGUGUUCAAGUCAUGCAGUGGCAGGGACAGAAUAGAGCCCUUUGCAAUGAGUGACACAAGCUGGCUGACAGCCAAUCCACAGAAUCCACUUGCUGUUGGUCAAUAUGUGAACAACUGCUCCGAUGAGUGGCCUGCAAAUGUGUGCUACCAGGAGUAUGAUGUGCCACAUCGGUUUCCCAUUGAGCUCCGUCAGUAUCUCCCUAAUGUCAACUACAGCCAGGACACACAGAGGCCUCUACGCUGUGUUGUCCUGGUAUCACUCCGAGACAUUACAGCAGGGGAGGAACUCUUCUCCAACUACUACACCAUUGUGCGUUAGAGUCAGUGUACACACCGCUUUUAUGCUUUGGCUUCAGGACUGAAAUAACAAGUAUAUUUUUUUGUAAUUCAAACAUUGUUAUUGUCUGUAGUCAAGGGCAAAGCACCCUCAUUUUUUAAAGGCAUCUUAUAUGUACACUCAGCAAUACACAAGAAUAAAGUCAAAACAUGUUUGUAUGGUUUAUUUGUAAUAUGCAUGAAACAAAACUUCUGUUAUUUGACAGUGUUGUCAGGUAUUAUAGGAAUAUAAAGAUCAAAGAUUAGUGAAACAGCAUCUUCAUGUUUUGAGUACCAUGUUUAAAGAAGUAUUAAAGUAGCAAUACUACAAAUUUAAAGUACACCAAGUUCUGCAUUGACUAAUACAGUACAUUGUUAGUCAAAUGGUAAAAAUUUCAAUGUGUUGUCAGCAAAAUGUGCCUAAAUAUCCAAAAUCAAAAUGCUUAUUAUGCAGAAUAACCAUUUUGGAGUGUUAUUACUGAUAUAUUGAUGUGCACAGCAUGUUAUGAUAGAAGUGACAUUAAUACAGUUUAAUGUAUUAUAGUGCAUAAAGUUGCUCAUGUUUUGGGUUAUAAUUUAAUGGAACCAGUAACAAGCUUUC